AUGGAAAACGUUAAUCAAGCCAUUGACAGUCAAAUCGAAGGUAAGUAAUCACUCUUAUAAACUAAGAAAAGAGAACUUGUUUUAUAAGAAACGUUUAGGCGAAUAGCGGUUGAUAAACGUUGAUAAUAAUGUUAUUUAGCCAUACUGAACGAAGGCAAUCAGGAAUUGUUAGACAUGAACGCUGUGGACAGGGAGAUUGAAGGUAAGCCUAGAUUCCCACGUAAAUAAUGUCCGUAAGCCGAAGUAACUAGAUAUAGUCUGAAAUAGCCCGAAGUAGCCCGAUAUAGUCGGAAAUAGUCUCCGUGGGACGGAAUAGGUCUUUUCGCGGGAUAGUGCAUCAAAAAAAGUAUCGUUUGGCCUUUCAACAGUUGAGAGAACCGCAAGAUGAGCCCCUGGGCGAAGCCUUAACCGAAGCCAUACGCCAGGGAUUAAAACGAGUAAUCAGUAAUGAAAAUAUACACAGGGAACAGUAUUCCUUACUCUUGACUAUUCAUUCCAAUUCGUUUACCAAUACCAGGGCUCAGUCUGCACGUCAUGUCCCCUUAGAUGUCUGGUUAAAUAAUCACCUCACCAAUGUUACCAUGUGGUUUGCAGAAACUGACUUCAAUUUUCCUAUGUUGGACAUCGCUGCUACAUUCAACCAAUUGUAGAACCUACCCCGGAAGAAGACGCACUUGAAGAUCCCAUGGCAUUUCAAAAUGAUGAUGAUGAUGAUGAUGAAAAGAGAGGGGCCCCACCCCCUCCGGUGAUAAACUUUGCGGAUAUUGAAUGCAAAAUACGUGGCUUCACUAUGGAUGAACAGGACAGUGCUCUGCUGAAUUUUGAUUCCAUGAAACGUCACAUUUUUGCCGAGAUAAAGAACCCUGGGGAUGAAUCACAAACUAUUGCGGUACCUGUAAGCAUCAACAUGGACACAAAUAGGACCACCAAGAAAGUCUGUCUAACCCCCAAAGUCAAGAAAUAUCGCCUUGUGUUUGACAAGCGGGUGAUACAAACAGAGGACUGUAGUAGUAGACCUAGAUUCUUCUUUUGUGUAUUUUAUUAUAGAGCGACUCGGGAACAACUUAGGCGCGAACCUGGCGCGUGGACCUUUUUUGUUUCUUCUCCCAACAAAGAGAAAUGCAAUCACUGUGCUAGAAUCCUCCACCAUCAAUUAUGUAUUGACGAUCUCGUAACAUAUUGUAAAUAUUCUCCUUUUCAAAGACGUUUUCGAUUUCAAUUUUGGUUGUUGGAAGCAAGAUUUAAAUGUUAUGACUUGUACAGUGACUCAUUUUUUUUGAAUGAAGUAAUGAACCGAAUAAGUGGCUUUUUAAAUUAAACAUUGUAAAUAAAGAAAGAAUCAAACUUGGACUUCGUUUCAUUGACUUUGGGAAAAAAACAACAUGAGUUCAGUGAUGCAAUCAAUCCUGAAACAGGGAGGGACAGUUCGUAACUUAGUACUAUCAUGAAAAAGAGGGACAGUUAAUAAAAAAAAGCCUGAACAGCCGUCCUUUUCGACCUACCUCAUUAUAUAUGCAUUCAUUCACAAUUUAUACCCACUACACCGCCCUCCAUAACGUACCUUAUUAUAUAUUCAUUUAUUCAUGCCCAAACGGUUGCCUUUACAGAGCCCAAAAAACCUACCUCAUUAUAUAUUCAUUUAUUCAUGCCCAAGCGGUUGCUCUACUACUUUCAUUUAGUGUAAUCGGUUAACAAUUGUUUGAGAAUGGUUGCCAAGUAAACAUUUUUUGCUGGAUAAUCCUUGUAAUUAUGUUUGUACGCUAAAUAGUUUUAUUGCAAAACUCGUAAACAACUUUGAUUUAAUAUAUUGCAGAGGCGGGACAAAUUAGUAUUGUUAAUUAUUCCUAAAGGAAGACUUUAAACGACAACUUAUGUAAUGUACAAAAGUUGACUAGUUGUACUUUUUGAAGUAACGAUAGUGUGAAAGAGCGAUUUAUAUAUAUCAAUACAUUCCUUGUGAUCUUUAAAUCUCUCUGUUUUGUUUUGAAUGGCUACUAACUGGACUGAAGCUGAUUUUUGGAUUAAGCCAUAACCUCGAAGGAAAAUAUGAUAAUAUUCCUUACAGCCAAUCAGGUUUUUACUAAUUUACUAAUUUUUUAUUUCAAAUGAUUAGGAUUGGCACCUGUCAUGUCCAGUCAUGACCGGUCGUGGAAGAGGACGAGGUGGACCUCUUGAACAAACCACAACUCCACUGCGACGACUGCGUAGCCUGCCACGGAUUUUCGUCCAGCACCACCUCAGCCAAUACACUUUCUUUUUAAGGCUGCAGAGCUCAAACAGACACUGUCAUUGGGGGACAACUCCUCGACUCCUCAGGUCUGCAUAGCUAACCAUAUCGUCCCUUUCAAGCCUUUCUGACGUUUUCUAACGACUGAAGGCGUUGCUGAAGAGAGAACAAGGACUCUCACCAGUUGCCCUGACGACAAGAACAAACAAAGACCCAAGAUUCAAGUACGAACAUUAACCUAUGGUUCUACCAUUUGAACAUUUUCUUACAGUAAUUCACGUUUAUUAUUUAAACUUAUUUAAUACUCUUAAUUAACUAGUCUGGAUGUGUAUGUAUGAGCCACGCGCCUACUUAUCAUAUCAAAACUCGGCAAACUAAAUCAGCAAAAUCUACCAAUAUUUGCACUUGUCCUCCUAACACAACAAUGAAUGAGGAACAACAGGCUAACGUGAAAGAAAUCGUUUCUGAUCUUUUGACCCAAUUACACCUUGACAUGGAAAAAGCUUCUGAACACCAACGAAAUCAACUACAUCAACUGCAAAACCUCCUUGUCUUCUCAUAUGGAGGAGAACAAACAUAAGCCUCGUCAUAACCUACAACCAGACUAUUUUUCGAGAUUAUCCUGUCAAGAUGCUGAACAAUUUUUCGAUAUUUUCGAACGCAUUAGUCAAAUCAAUGCAUGGGAUGAGAACGUUCAAUGAAGUGCGUUUCCUCUAUAUUUAAAGGAUAUUGCCAAUACAUGGUAUUUAACUCUUUCCCCUCCCGAUAAAAUGAUUUGGGGCUCGUAAAGGACGCAUUUUGCAAACAUUUGUUUUGGGACCGCAUAGCUAGAUACUAAAGUCAGCAACAUGCGCAACGCAAACAACAGCCACACGAGUCUCGUGAUAAUUAUGUUACUGAUAUUACUCGUUUGUGUCGGCGCUAAGAGAUAGGCAAUAAAGAAGCUUUGCGUUAUUUCAUGGAUGGUUUACACGAUGAUGACCUAAAAAGUUACGUUCUACUUCAACAACCAAAAAAAUUGCUAGAGGCUGAACUACCGCACGCCUCAAAUAUUCUGUGACAAAACGAUCCACUUCCUCUAAUACAGCUACUACUAAAAAUGUUCUAACACAGCUGGUCACUUCCGUAGCACAAGCGCCUCUCACACAAUCAAUAGAGGCUACCAAUUCGGCGCCAAAAGACGAUGACAAAUACCAAAAGCUUUCAGAUCAAGUUAAACAGUUACAAAAACAAAUUCAACGAGUUAAUUCUAAGAACUCAGUAGCUGCUUAUCAACCUGUUCCUACAGGUCUACCUGCUGCUGCCUCUAAUUUCAAUUAUAGGCCCAGAAUAAGAUAAUCAGAAAAGAAAAAACGCAAAAAAUUAAAACUACAAGAUAUACAAACAUAUUUUCCGUCAUAUAAUUAUUAGCUGUCUCAAGGCGAUAGUCAAAGCCAACCGACUUCAUCAAUUCUCAAACAAUAGAUCGAAUAGGAACAAUUUGUAUUACACCGCUAAGUCCGAAAUCAAAAGCACACUCGUUCGGAAAUCUUUUAUUAUCGCCCUGACAUUUAACUUAAUAUUUAUCUCUUAUUUCAGCUUUGCUUCCUUAAGAGAAAAUUUCGCUUACUGUAUUUAAUAUUGAGAAAAGGGCUGACAAUGGAGAAAGUGAGUCGUUUCUAAGCAAUAGUCCUGCGGUUAAGGAGAACAUUUUACCUUUUGUUGCGUCAUUAGCUUUGAAUUACCGCAAGACAAAAAAAACGUAAAUCGUCAAAGCUCCUUUGGUCUUGAGAAUAACCUAUAUAUCCACACAUACAAAUUUAUUCAGGUCGGUUAAGAAUUGUGUUCACUACACAAUACAACUAUCUUUUGUCGGGAUGUACGUUCCUCCAGUUGUGUCUAACCAACUGGCACACUUUUUUUCAAUUAUAAGUUGCGCAUAAUGCAGUCAAAAGAUCAGUAAGAAUAUUUGGACAUAGAGUUUUGCAACGACAUUUUUAUUCUAUACUGGUGUUUGGGUUUCAAAUAAUUCUAAAAAAGGCAAGUUGUACGGUUUAACUCUUAAUAUUAACGCAAAUAUAAUUAGUUUUGAGAAACACAUCUUCGAGUAUAUUUCGGUAACAUAAAACAAAUUCAUUACAAAGAAAUAAUUAUUUGCUUUAGUAGGUGUUUUCAGCUGUGGAUGGAAGAAUGAGCAAUUUCUUUGACGAAGUUCGCUUGUGUUAAGCUGCAAUCGGUUCUCACUUUUGCUUCCAAUCCUGAAUAAUACAUUCUUACUUACCUCAUUAAAUCUAGCUUAAGACGACGCGUCCUAACACCUUUUGAGUUCUUUGUCCUCUGUUGAACCAGUUUCAGCCAAAUUUCACUUACUUUCCUGACCUUAAACUACAAUUUCUUUCGACACAAUCUUAGGAAAAUUUAGUUUCUUCCAAACUAUCGUUUUGAUCCUCUGUAAAGCAAUUCAGGGAUAGAGACAUUUCUAGUUUUGCAAAUUUCCAGAAAAUCGACCCAGUUUCGGUUCCUUUUGUCCUCUAAGCUCUGACACCUACUAGCACCUUUUCCUUACAUAUGAAUGCCAUGUAAAACUGCUAAAAACCAUUAACUUAAUUGUUCAAUAUAAAUAGAACCUCUUGUGAGUGUUUUUUACCUUGAGAUCUGACAUAGCUGAGAAGGGCUUGUAACUACGCGUCAGCAAGAUUAAACAAUUUUCAACUGCAAACUCUGGUUGUACCAACUCUUUUCUACGCAUCCUAAGGUCUGAAGAAGUCUCUCUCUACAAAAGAUGGCAUCACUUUCAAUACAGAGAAGAGAAGCGAGCUUCAAAUGAAUUUAAAAAGAACUUUUCGAAAGUACUAAAUAAUGCAGUGUUUGGAAAAUGGAUGGAGAACCUUCGAAACAGAGUGAACAUUUAG